GCAAGUUAGGGGCCGCGUCCUGCCCGUGACCGCGGGCCGGGCGGUGCCUGAGCCCCGCGCAUGCCGGGAGCGCGGGGCGGGCCCAGCCCCGCCGGCAGCCCCGCUGCGCCGCGGGAACGGCCGGGCCGGGGCUGCCCGGGGGAUUCCCAGCGUUGGCUGCGGCGAGGGCGGGGACCCGCCGGCGGUGGGGCCCUCCCGGCUGCGGGAUCGCCGGGGUGCCGCGCAGGAAAUUGUUUUCAUAGGAUGGAGUCAGAGCACCUGAAGAGGUUGCGUCAGGCUAACCAGGACCUUCUACAGAGGCUCAGAAUGAAGCAGGAAGAGAUCAGAAAAAGACUUCCCAGCAGGCCACUCGUUCCAGCAUCUCUUCAUAAUAGAGCGGCUCCCGAGAGAUCUGUCCCUGUGCCCAAGAGAGGGAAGGAAAACCAGGACAAUGCUGUGAAUUCUACAUCUGAGCCUGCAGUGUUGGUGUCUAUGGAACCCAGAGUUUACGCAGCCAGAGCAGCCCUCUGUUCAUCUCUUAAUUACAGCAGCAAUGACAGAGGGGUUCAGCAACGAGUGAAGAUGCAGGAAGGAGUCGCUUUGGAUUCCAGCUUUCCUGGGAAUGAAAAGAAUGUUAUGCCAGUGUCUGCAAUCACUAUGUGUGGCAGAGAAACUUCUGGAGUAGAUAGAGAUGGUCAUGGUCAAAGAAGUCCAGAGAAAGAAUCCCUCUGUCUGGGAUAUGGAGAGAACAGAAAACAGUCCACUCUGCUACAUGGUUUCCAUAAGAAAAAACAGCCUGAGGAUCAUGUGGACCCGUCAGUGAGCAGAAUACAAAGUGAAGAGACCAGCAAGCCACAUGUGGUCCUUAAAGAGCCCAUAAUCUGCAAAUCAAUCUUGCUGACAUCUCAGUCCAAAGAGCUGAAGAGGGAAGCUGGUCAUGUGACUUUUCAGCCUGACCCUGAAGAAUAUACCGUACCUGUGAGCAGCUGGUCUGCGUGUCCUUUUCUGGGCUACGACUGGAUUGCAGGGCUCCUAGAUACCAACUCUCCAGUAGCAGAAAAGUCUGAUCAAUAUUUUGCUGAGCUACAUGAGUUCCGACAGGCCAACAAAGAAGCAUGUAUUAAUGAGCAGAACCUGGAGCCCAAAGCUCUGGAUUACAUAGAUUCUGAACAAGAACCAGAUUUGAUAAGCGGUUCCCAUAAAUGUGUUUACUGUUACCGUUUAAACCAGCGCCUCUUCACUGUCCCUGUGGAUUCAGAAUCUGCUUGCCCCGUGUGUAAGAUCCCACGUAGUCACCAGCCCCCAGAGACACUGGAAGAACCAGCCUAUGUCAGGGUCAGCAUUCCCACAUCUACCCUUAUGCCUGCCUACAAAUACAAAGCCCAUCGCAGGAAGAGCCUUGAACCAGUAGACAAUCUAGCGUUACCUUCGCAUUGUCUGGCUGGCUGGGAGAAUGUCAUCCCUUCCAGCAACCCCACCCUCAGCAGUUUGGAUCUGCGAGCUUCACUGGAAGAGAACCCUUCUCACCAUCCUCACCUGAACUCGGUGUCCGGAGUGUCAGGAGGAACCAGAACUGACAAGCUUCUGAAUCUGACCCGCUUGGCACGCUUCAGAUUUGGCAGUGCUUCUCAGCAGAGGGAGCAAAGCAAACCUGGACGCUACAGGGCAGCUCCAAAUUUAAAUCUGACUGCCUCAACUCUGUGAACCACUGGCUUGAUUCCCCUGGGGAAGGAAUGGCUACUUCUAAGCAGUUGCAUGAGCUUUCCCACCUAGAGCUGGAUAAAGUGAUGCAUACAGGAUGACUAACUAGUACCGUUACCACUGGGACAACCGUAGCUACAAAGUUCACCUGCCACCUCAACUAAGUAAACCAGAAGUAUAACGUUAACUCUGAAUGCCAGGGUGAGGAAUUGGCCUAUCAAUGGCCUGGUUCAGUGCAAUGCAUAGAAAUAUGUUCAUUUCCAAACGUUUGAAACAUGACACAUAAUUUCCUAGUGCCUUAUUUUGAGUUACUCAAUAAUUCAGUUCCUUGUUCCUUGCUGUCAGUACAUUGUAAGAAUUAAUAUCAGGAGUCUUGAAUGAAUGUAGUGCUGAUUUAUUCUGUUUAGUUACUAGCCUGUCAAGGAAUGACUGUCUCCAGAACCCUCAGGUGAAGCGUCUCCACAUGGCAUGAGCUUGCUUUUUGAAUUAUUUGCCAACUUUGAUUUUUGGAGCUUUCAUCUCUUUGGAACUUGAGUUUUCAAAGCCCAGAAGAAUUUGUUUUCAGAAUGUGUCAAAUCUGAAAACACGAGAGAAAUUCUGCCCUUUCUCUUCAGAGUUAAAAAACCUUAUUUUCACCAGUUUUCUGGGUAAUGCCACAGCAAAUGUAAAGAUUUAGUUUUCUGCUUCAUCUGGUGUAUUCCGUUGAUUUCUGCAGCGCAAACACGUGCUGGUUGGACAAGGAAAAGAAGACCCUCAAUUGUCAAGUUGAGAUGCUCAGCUACGCUCUUUGGAAAAACUGCAUACUGAAAAUCUUCCCAUUUGUUUCUUUCACAAAAAUUAUUUAAUAUUUUCUGUCUUUCUUUUGCUUGUGUCAGCAAAGGAAAGCUCAUCUUGCUUCUGUUAAGAGAUAAGCUUGAUCAGUCUCUGCUUUUAGAUGAGGAGAACUAGAGUACCAGGAAAGGAUAUGAGUUAUCCAAAAACUCUGUGACAGUACUGGGAACAAAUGACUCCCACUCCUGUGUUUUAACCACAAGGCCAGUCUUCCCCGAACAUUUUUAUUUUCAAUUUUGGAUAAAAAUGUGUAGAAUUUA